GAAGUCCAAACUUCGGCUGAGUUUGAACGCAGAGGAACGUAUACCGUGACUGACUUCCGUGAUGAAGUGAGCUAUAAACGUCUCGAGCAGUUUAGCUGCUUCAGGAAAGUCUUUGUAACCUCCAGAACGGAAACGCUGCGCGUCCAUGAGGAAAGUGAAGUAGAAAACUCUCUCGGAACAGGAUGAGUCUACGGGAGAUCAGUGAGAAUGUGAAGCUGGCGCGGGAGUACGCUCUGCUGGGGAACUACAGCUCAGCCAGUGUUCUGUACCACGGCCUGCUGGACCAGAUCAAGAACUACAUGUACACUGUAAGGGACGGCAGCGUUCAUCAGAGAUGGCAGCAGYUGUGGCAAGAAAUCAACGAAGAGAGCCGGCAGGUUCAGGACAUCAUGUCCACUCUGCAGAGCUUUCAGCUGGACACGGCGACUGCUAAAUCUUCUAACCAUGACGACUUUGAAAUGAGGCCAGCACAUGUGGAACCAAGACACUCGCCUGGCCCUGUCAGGCGCUCCAACUUUCAUAAGGAGAGCAAACCCUCCAACCAUCGGCUGAGCGCCGCCGUGAGGCCCCACCAGAAGCAGUCCCAGCGGGGGGCYAAUGGGGCCGGGGGCCGAGCCUCCAAGGCCAAAGAAAAGAAGGAAUCAAAAGAGGUGAARGAGGCUGGCRGCAAAACCAAGGAUGACAAGGAGAAAGAGGUGAAAAAGUUUGACGGGACAGGAUACGACAAAGACCUGGUGGAAGCCCUGGAGAGAGACAUCAUAUCUCAGAACCCCAGUGUGAGAUGGGACGACAUUGCAGAUUUGGAAGAUGCCAAGAAACUGCUGAAAGAAGCGGUGGUGCUGCCGAUGUGGAUGCCUGCUUUCUUCAAAGGCAUCAGGAGACCAUGGAAGGGUGUUCUCAUGGUGGGCCCUCCAGGCACGGGGAAGACUCUGCUAGCCAAGGCYGUCGCUACGGAAUGCAGGACUACUUUCUUCAACGUGUCUUCGUCCACGCUGACCUCCAAGUACCGAGGAGAGUCAGAGAAGCUGGUUCGCCUUCUUUUUGAAAUGGCACGCCACUACGCUCCCACCACCAUCUUCAUCGACGAAAUCGACUCGAUGUGCAGCCGCAGAGGAACCUCAGAGGAGCAUGAGGCCAGCAGGAGGGUGAAGGCAGAGCUGCUGGUCCAGAUGGACGGRGUGGGCGGGGCUUCAGAGAACGAAGACCCAUCCAAGAUGGUGAUGGUGCUGGCAGCCACCAACUUCCCCUGGGACAUCGACGAGGCCCUGAGGAGGCGGCUGGAGAAGAGGAUCUACAUCCCUCUGCCUUCCAGUAAACCUCCCAACACGUUUAGAGGAAAUGAACAAUUCCACACCGCAAAACUUUUUUUUCAGUUUUUUCCUGUUUGCUGCAUUAGAGACGCCUCCCUGAUGGCCAUGAGGCGACGGAUCGAGGGUCUGACCCCGGAGGAGAUCCGGAACCUGUCACGGGACGAGAUGCACAUGCCAACCACCAUGGAGGACUUUGAGUCGGCUCUGAAGAAAGUCUCCAAAUCCGUGUCAGCUGCUGACCUGGAGAAGUACGCCAGCUGGAUCGAGGAGUUUGGAUCGUGCUGAGAAGAAAUCAAACCGAACAUUUAAAGAUGUUUUAGCAUGAGUUUGGCUGAGUUGUUUGURUGCAGAAUGAUGUGGGUGGAUGUUUAGAAUGUGAAGUAUUGCUGCGCUUGUUUUGUACAUAAUGUUCAAUCUGAAGCGGUAACAUGUUCUGUAGCAAAAACUGUUCAUGAUGUCGUCUAUCAGGGAGUUAACAGCCAAUCAGAAAUCAUUCACAUACUUUUAAUUACAAUUGAUGUUUUGAGACCAACAUUUUUUUUGGUCUUUUGAACAAUUUACAUUUCUAUAAAAGCAACACUAAAGAUAUUUGUAUAAAUAAAGUUAUUGUUCAAUUAAAUCAAUGAGCCACUCAAGUCAUUUUCUCUGACUGUGGCUCUGUGGGUAGAAUCGUCUUAUUGGAAGCUUGUAGGUUCAAUUUCAGCUUCCUCCUGCCCCUGAGCAAAGCAAAUAACCCUGAUCUGUGUAUUCGUGUAUACACAGAUCACUCAUUUUGUGCUUUGAGUUGUCAAAAUAAUUGAAAAGGUGCUAUAAGUUCAGUCCAUUUAYUUCCUGGUUUAKGUUUGGAAGGAGCAAAGGAAACAUUUGGUUCUUGACCUUCUUGGACCAGUUGUGAUGCCGUAGUUCUUGCAUUGACAAAUUUUGCCCAUCUACCAGAGAUGAUUCUUGUUCUUCCAGUUCAAAGCAGAUGCCACAUCGAACCGUCACUGUCCCGACAGUGACAAUUUUAAGAAAUAUUAAAAAUGCAUUGAAGCUGUAAAGGGAGUUCUCAGUGUAACAGGAUCAACAGAACGUGUUGGUUUGUAAGGAAAGCAUUUAUUAAGCUAACGUUCCAACCUUAAAACACAAUCCAGUUGCAGUGGAGACAUGUAACACAUGGAUUCAUACAGAUUCAACAAAGCUGUUUCAUUUUUCAUCAACAUCUCUAAAACCCGCUGCCUGCCAUAAGAGCUGAUCUACAGUCUGCGUGGGGCUGGAACUGCUCCCAGUGGCGUCGAGUCAUCAUGCAGUUUAGAACGGACUGGUGAAAUGCCACACAUGCAUGUUUUUGUUUCAUUUUUAAAUAAACAGCCAUCAUGCGCUCUGC